CGAGCGAAGCACGAAUCGCCGGUGAGUCAAAUCGAUCACUCGUUUCCCCCUUUCCUUCUUUCUAACGUUGCUUCCUCUCUACUUCCAUAGAUUUCUUACCUACUCAAACUCAAACCACCAUUUUUUAUUCUUCCUUCUACUAUUCAUAUUUAUCUCAAAAAAAAAAAUUCCCCCAAACUCCCAAUCCGGCGGCUGCUCCGCCAGUUUCCUCGCCGGAAUCAGCAGCCCCAAGGAAACACUUGCCUGAUCUCUCCCUCUCCGGCGGUGAUUUCAGUCUCACGGAGGGAAGUAGAAGGCGGGGUAUGAACGCGGUUUCCGUCUUCCUCCUCCUCCUGCUGCCACCGCCAAUGCUUACUUGUUGCUGACAAGAUGGCUCAGUACAGGCAAUCAGGUCAGCAUUACUCAAACGGAGGCACCGCCGCGGAUCACGUCUCCAUUGGCGUUCGGGCGUCUUCUUCGCAGCAGCUCCUCCAGCACAAGGCCGGGGGUCGGGUCCGCCGAUCUGGUCGAUCCGAUAAGAGCAGGUCCGGCAGCUUCUCCAUUGGCGCCGUGGUUGUUUUCCUCUGCCUGGUGCUUGUGGUCACUGGGCUAGCUUAUAAUUACUUGUCUGAUGAGGAUAAAGGUGUUGGUAGUGAAAUCGAUGAUCCUCGUGUAGAAGAUGAUGAUACGAAGAGCGACCUUGAUUUUCUUGCAAAUGUGACACGGACUGACUCGGUUAAAGUCCUCGAGUUUGGUAAAGGUUCCAUUUCGCAUGGUAGGGAUUCUAGGUACUGGGAUAAGGACGAUAGGAGAAGGGAUGAUGAUUAUGAUGAAGAUGAUGUGGAGCAUACAGGCAAGGGUUCUAUUGGUGGAUCUGCUCAGGAGGAUCACAACCAAGCCAGCUUGAAUGUCAAGCCGAAAAUGCCCCAGAGUGUUGCUUCUAAGGGAUUGGAUAAAAAAGGAACUGGGUUGUACAAUGAGAAUGGGCGUAAAGAACUGAUAAAGUAUGAAGCGGAGUAUGAGGCUUCGGUAAAGAAUGUGGGGCAGUCGACAACUCAAAAUGGUGGAAGAAGUCAGUUACUUGAGGAUGAGGAUCUGGAAGAGCAGAAUGAGGCUGGUGAUAGUGAUAAUGAUUAUGACGAUGGUAUUGAUUCUCAUGAUCCUCGUGGGAAUGAGCGCCACUCUGAUGAAUUCACCACAGAGUCCUCUAAUGUAUUCCCUGCUAAAGGUAAGGAUCAACAUGUCGGCAAAGAUAUUAAGGAAACUUCUCCUGGUACAUCUGAUAAGGGAUCGAAAUCAAGUUCCGUGGUAGUCAAUACUGAUCCGAAUGCUCAACAUGCAAACGGAGAUGGACAGAGUUCAAGUAAAUCAAGGUCUGAUUCGAAGAAAAAGCCAAGGCGACGCAAAUUUUCUGGGUCCUGUGAGAUGAAGUUUCUGAACUCUACUACUCGACUUGUGGAGCCUUUUGAAAAUAGAAAGUUUUCUAGAUUUUCCCUCCAAUAUGCCGACAUGGAGGAAGGUCCUGGAGGAGAGGCACUGUGGGAACCUAGAUUUGCAGGACAUCAGAGCCUAGAAGAAAGGGAGGAAUCUUUUUCAGCGCAGGAUCAGAAAAUAAAAUGUGGUUUUGUCAAAGGUCCUGAAAGCUAUCCGAGUACAGGAUUUGAUCUGUCAGAAGAUGAUGCAAACUAUAUCAGUAGAUGCCACAUUGCUGUCAUCUCUUGCAUCUUCGGAAAUUCAGAUCGCUUAAGGUCACCUUUCAGCAAGGCGGUCACUCGUUUGUCAAGGAAAAAUGUUUGUUUUGUCAUGUUUGUGGAUGAGGCUACAUUGCAGACGUUAUCUUCCGAGGGCAAUAUGCCAGACACGGCAGGAUUUGUUGGCCUGUGGAAGGUUGUACUGGUGAAGAAUUUACCUUAUACUGAUAUGCGGAGGGUUGGUAAAAUACCGAAAUUAUUGCCACACAGGCUGUUCCCUUCUGCAAGAUAUUCAAUUUGGUUGGAUAGCAAAUUACGCCUACAACUAGAUCCUCUUCUGGUCCUGGAGUAUCUCUUGUGGCGAAAAGGUCAUGAGUAUGCAAUUUCCAAUCACUAUGAUCGUCAUUGUGUCUGGGAAGAGGUUUUACAGAAUAAAAGGCUGAACAAGUACAAUCACACUGUAAUAGACGAGCAGUUCGCCUUCUACCAAGCUGAUGGGCUGACGAAAUUCGAUCCCUCUGAUCCUAACAAGCUUCUUCCAAGCAAUGUACCUGAAGGAUCAUUAAUCGUGAGAGCACACACCCCCAUGUCGAAUCUGUUCUCCUGUCUAUGGUUUAAUGAGGUUGAACGUUUUACUCCCCGUGAUCAGCUGAGCUUUGCCUACACGUACCAGAAAUUGAGAAGGAUGAACCCCAGCAAACCGUUUUAUUUCCAUAUGUUCAAGGAUUGUGAAAGGAGAGCCAUAGCCAAGUUGUUUCGUCACAGAACAGAAGAGAAGCGACUCGGAAGUGAAACCAGGAGAUGAAAAAUGUGAGUUUAUAUUUUUUGUAGAAUGAAAUGCAUGUUCUUGUACAUUAUUCAUGUCUUAGAGAGAGUCGGCUCUUGUUGUGGACCGCGUGACCCGACAAACAACUUCGUGCAAGUCGAUGACGAUAAGUUAAGAGGAAAGGAAUACAUAUCGAAGGCUGAGAGAGAAGUACAUAUUGAAUUGAAUUAGUUGCGGUGGGGGGGCAAUGGCAAGGGGCAAUCACUACUGCAACUCCAUCAUGUUUUUUCCAUUCCUCCUAUCCCCAUUCUUCACUCAUGCCUCCUUCGUUUCAAAUGGUCACAGUACUUAGCCUUGAUCCAAUGAUGUACUUUCUUUUUGCCUUACAAGAACAUACUCCCCUUUGCUUUUCCUUUCCACUUCUAAACCGAUGUCGGUUACCCCACCAGGGGGAUGCAAAUGUUAGGGUGUUGAUUGAUUGUAACAAAUUUUGAUGGAGAAAACUUACCACGCAUCUGUAAGAUAACAUUCGUUCUUGUACCGAGAAUACUGUCUCGAGUUAUUGAGCAUUACUUUGCUGCACUGCUUUGUUUUGAUGGUCUGAACUCUUUGCUGCUUAGAGCAGCAGUGCAGUCAUUUCUGAUGUGUUCUGCAGAUGAUUUAUGAGCCAGGGUAAGGUUGGUACCUUUUUUAUGUAUGUUGGCAGGAAGUUAAACAUGUCGACCUGAUUCUCAUUUUGAUGGUUGUGACUUAUGACUUGUGAGAUGUCCUUUUCCAUUGUUUUGGUCAUUUUGAAGUUGGACCUUUCUUUGGCUGCUGGCUCGUAAUGGUUGGCAUUUUGUGG